AUGUUCUCUAUUCGUGCUGUAGCUUUAGUUGCAAGCAUUGUUUUAUUGGCUGUUGCCAGCAAUGCUGCCUUCACCGAACGUCAAUACCAAGACUCUUUUGUUGCUUGGAUGCAACAACACAACGUUAAGGGUUCAUCAACUGUCCUCGGAUUAAACAUUUUCGCUGAUAUCUCCAACGAAGAGUACCAAAAGAUCUACUUGGGUACCAAGAUUGACGCCUCCUCAUUGUACAACGCUCGUGCUCACGCCAACUUUGACCGUACUUUCAACCCACUCUCUUUGAACGCUACCGUCGAUUGGAGAACCAAGGGUGCCGUAACCCCAAUCAAGAACCAAGCCCAAUGUGGUUCAUGUUGGUCAUUCUCUACCACCGGUUCCAUUGAAGGUGUCCACGAACUUCAGACUGGUAAUUUGGUUGCCCUCUCUGAGCAAAACUUGAUCGAUUGUUCCGUCGCCGAAGGUAACCAAGGUUGCAACGGUGGUCUCAUGCCAAACGCUUUCGAAUACGUCAUCAAGAACGGUGGUAUCGACACUGAAGCCUCAUACCCAUACACCGCCACUGGUCCAAACAAGUGCCGUUACAACCCAGCCAACAUUGGUGCUACCAUCUCCUCAUACGUCAACGUCACCUCUAAAUCCGAGUCUGCUUUGAUGGCUGCUGCCAACCUUAACCCAGUUUCCGUUGCCAUCGAUGCCUCCCACAAUUCCUUCCAAUUGUACUCAUACGGUAUCUACUACGAACCAAAGUGCUCCCAAACUCAACUUGAUCACGGUGUCCUCGUUGUUGGUUACGGUACUGGUCCACAAUCCUCAUCCACCACUGCCACCACCCUCUCUGGUACUGGUUCUGCCACCUCUGGUACUGUCACCUCAUCUACCUCUGCCACUGGUUCCCAAUCUGCCUCUGCCACCUCUGCCACCUCAUCUGCCUCAUCCUCUGCUUCUGGUACCUCUGCCAGCGGUAGCGGUAGCGGUUCAGCCUCGGGUUCAUCAUCGGGUUCAUCAUCUGCCUCUGGUUCUGCCUCCGGAUCUGGAUCUGGAUCAGGAAACUCAACUGCCACCUCUGCCUCGGGUAGCGGUAGCGGUAGUGGUUCUGGUAGCGGUAGCGGUUCAUCUGCCUCUGGUACCUCUGCUUCAGGUUCUGGUAACUCAACUGCCACCUCUGCCUCUGGUAGCGGUAGUGGUUCUGGUAGCGGUAGCGGUAGUGGUUCUGGUAGCGGUUCAUCAUCUGCUUCCUCAUCUGCCUCCGGUUCAUCAUCUGCCUCCGGUUCAUCAUCUGCCUCCGGUUCUUCCUCAGCUUCAACUGGCACCACCACCACCACCACUUCACCAUCUGGUAACGAAAACUACUGGAUCGUUAAGAAUUCAUGGGGUCCAGCCUGGGGUCUCCAAGGUUACAUCCUCAUGUCCAAGGAUAGAAACAACAAUUGCGGGUAUAAAGCAGAUAUCCAACCAUGUUAUACUUCAAAUAGUAUCAAUAGACCAUUGUCAUCAGUUUUAAAUUUUAUUGUAAAGAAAGAUCAUUGUAUGUCAAAAGGACCAUUCAGAGCACUCUUUAAAGAUGAAGCUUUGAGAAAGCGUGAACAUAUGGAUUAA